UUGUGUUGUUGGAUUCUUCAGUGGAGUCUAGGAGCCGGCCAAGCCUAGGUUGGACUACUUACAAAUCUGAUACACGCGCAGGGGAGAGUGAAAACUUGGGGUGGAUGGAGGCGACGGUAAACAAGGCCGGAGAGACGUUAAGGACGUACUCGUCGUGUUACGUCAAGACGUCAAACGUGGACAACUGGCUACGUCUGCCUUUUGUGGAGAGGGGGGAGGCGAACUCACUCCACAUAGAUUUAACAUUUACCAUGAGAAAGUGCUCCAAGAUCACGGACGUGACCAACCUCCAACAGUGCAAGGAGACCUUUAACCUUUACUACUUCGAGGCUGGAUCGGACUUCGCCAACGCCAUGAGACCGUCCUGGGACGGUCUCACAUACAAACGUAUUGACAAGAUAGCGGCAGACAAGCUGUUUGUGGACCACAAAGAACUCGAGUACAACGACGAGACCCGGCAGAUUCCCGUCACCCUCAAGGGCGCCUACUUCGCCAUCCAAGACGAGGGCGGCUGCGUCACCCUCGUCAGGGUCAAGGUCUACUACGUCACGUGCCCCAACGUAACCGUCAACUUCGCCAUCUUUGACGAGACCCCCACGGGGUCAAAGGACACGAACGUGGUGAUGGGGAAGGGGAGGUGUGUGGAGCACGCGACCAAGAAGGCUGAGCUGGACUACCUGUGUCAGAACGACGGGAAGUGGUACGACCAGCCCAAGGGGGAGUGCGUGUGUAACCCCGGGUAUGAGGGCAACGCCGCCCAGACGGAAUGUACUGCAUGCCCGUCCGGUCAGUACAAAUGGUCAGAGGGUAACGGACCGUGUGAGACAUGUCCCGAGUUCAGCUACUCGACGGGAGGGGCCGCCGAGUGCACGUGUCAGCUCAAGUACUACCGCAGUCCUAAGGACCCCAAGUCUAAGCCUUGCACUCAGCCCCCAUCUGCACCCAGGAACCCGUCCAUAGAGAGCCAGACCUCCACCAGCGUCACCCUCGUCUGGGAGCCGCCCACCGACCUGGGGGCGCGGCUCGACCUCAACUACCGCAUCGUCUGCCAGAAGUGUAACAACGAGGUGCUCUACACACCUGGAUGGCGGGGGUUCAAUACCACCAGGGUGACGUUGAGUAACCUGGAGCCAGGCAAGACCUACGAGGUGCUCAUCUACUCGGAGAAUGGGGUGACCAACGUCAGCGCUACCACCCCCCAGUCCGUCGCCGUCACUGUCAUCACCCAGUCCCUAGGUGAGUAG